UCCAUAUAACUCUCUUUUGUUUUCUUUUUGUAUCUCAACUAAUAAUUAAUUUAGUUUGAGAAAAGCUCUGCGUUCUCUAUCUCUUACUUCCCAAUCAAUCGUCCUCCAUCUUCUCAAAGCUUAUUCGAUCUCUCCCUUAUUUCCUCUGGCAUCUGCGUAGGGUAGAAGAAUAGUUAUGAGGAGUUGUUGUAGUAGAGAUCGAAUCAGCGAUUUGCCGGAUGAGAUUCUUGGCAAAAUCCUGUCUUUAGUUCCGACAAAGGUAGCUGUUUCCACAUCGGUUCUGUCCAAGAGAUGGAGGAUGAAUAGUAAUCUGCUGGCUCUCGUAGACACUCUUAGCUUUGAUGAGUCAAUGGUUGUGUAUCCCAACGAAAAAUUAGGAAGUGUUUCAUCAGCUGGCUUCUUAGAUUUCCUAGACAAGACAUUAAGAAACUGUCCCUGUCCGAGCAAGAUGCUCAAGAAAUUCUCUCUCAGUCAUCGAGGAGGCUCCAAGUGCCUUGCUGUCUACGCUUGGAUCUUUAGCGCAAUGGAGAGAGGUUUCUUGGAAGAAUUACACUUGGAAUGCACAAGUAACGAAGUUAAUCUAGAGAGAAAGCUGUUAACGAGCAGCAACACAUUGGUUAAGCUCACACUAUCCCGUGAAUAUUGUCUUGAACUCGACCGUGUCUUUCUCCCUGCCCUCAAAUCACUCUCUCUCUUAACAGUUGGAGGUCUUGAUUUCAACAACUAUCGCCGCCUCAUCGAAGGCUGCCCUGUCCUUGAAGAAUUGGUCAUAACUGAUAUCCGUGCUGAUUCUGCUGAUCCUCAUCCUCCAUUUUGCACAACCUCUGUCGAAAGUGCUUCCAUCAAGCGACUCCUGGUCUCUGUCGAUAUGCCCUGUAGUUCUCCUCAUAAACACUCUUUUCAAGAGUUCCAUGUUCGAAGCUGUGUUCGAGCGCCAAGCCUUGUCUACCUUGACUAUUCCGGUCAUGUCUUUAUGGAUUAUCGGUUUCUUGAUUUGGAUUCGCUUCUCCAUGUCAGACUCAAUCUCAAGUUAUGGAGGAGCCAUCACAACAACAACCCAAACAAGACUAUUUUUGGUGAUGUUACGAACCUAGCUGCCGGUAUAAGAAACAUUACAACUCUUCACUUGUCUCCUGGUUCACUUGAGGCGUUUCAUUUCUGCUGCAAAUCUAUGCCGGUGUUCAAAAACCUCCUUAACUUAUCUAUUGAGAGCAACAAGAAGAAAGGUUGGCAAGUCAUGCCACUUUUGCUUAAUAGUUGUCCAAAUCUACACACUCUUGUCUUCAAGGGUCUUGUGCACAGAGUCACAGAUAAAUGCGGAGAUGCAUGUGCUUGCCCUCCUAACAACAAGAAGAAGAAGAAGAGUAAGGUUAUAUCUUCUUGUUUAUGGACAUGUCAAGUGAAAGUGCUAGAGGUUGUAGAGUAUGGGGGUUCUUUUCAAGAGCUUAAACUAAUGAGACAUUUCUUGGGAAAGUUGGCAUGUCUCGAAACCGUGAGAGUUGGUAUCGACGCGGACAGGAGCAGGUUCUUGCGAGCUAAUCUCUCAACUCUUCCCAUACUUUCAUCAAAUUGCAACAACAUCCACUUCAUCUGAUUCUUUUCUUUCUCAAUAUCUACUGCCUUAACAAAACCUUGUCAGCUUCUCUAUUCUCUUAAUGAAUGUGUUGCUUUUAAUCAUGAAUCUUAUUCUGAUCUUAAUAAAGUUUGAGACAUUUGAUUCCAAAAAGCUUCAUGAAGUUUAUUUAGAGAUGAA